AUGUUUUCUCGGAACUUCUCGUUGGCGUUUAUCUCGACGUUAGUGGCCUCAGGCGCCUGGUACGCGUAUAAAGGAAAUCCUAAUCAGCAAGAACUUUCUCCGGCAUCAUUGAACGCUACCACGUCCCUUUUUCAGCAAAGGACCAGCGAUAUCCCUCCAGAAGUAAUUGGUACGCCAGCGUCUACAGUACCAGGUGAAAACCCUGAGAACCAGUCCGGCCGUUCUCCGAUCGUCGAAGACCAACUCUAUGUGUCCACUUCGGUUAGCGAGCAGCCUGUUUCGAAACAGACGAGCGAACCUGGAAACCGAAUUGUAGGAAUGUUGACUCCGGAACAAGCAACCGAGAAACUGCGCAGAAGCGAGGAAUCCUAUCUGGUCGGUCGCGGAAGGGGUGUUGUUCGCUAUGAUGUCGUCCAGCUUCCCAGUAAUGACCCGAUCGAGGAUGAUCACGCAGAAAAAAUCGUUGUCGCCUCUACAGCGGAUGGAUCGUCUAGUGAUUGGAUGUUCUGGGGCGUUUUUGACGGUCACUCCGGCUGGACCACAUCGGCCAAACUCAGACAGGCACUCAUAUCCUUUGUAGCGCGCGAGCUUAACUCUACAUAUAAAACCGCCUCCGCAAAUCCCGGUAUCCCAUACCCUUCCCCAGAAGCCAUCGAAGCAGCGAUGAAAAAGGGCUUUGUCAACCUUGAUAACGAAAUUGUUCACAAAAGCGUUGAUAGAGUCUUGAAGGCCAACUCGAAGAGGGUCGCCGCGGAACUCCUUGCGCCUGCGCUUUCCGGUUCAUGUGCUCUCUUAGCAUUCUACGACAGCAGAUCAAAAAUGCUACGUGUUGCUUGUACCGGGGAUUCUAGAGCGGUUCUAGGACGAAGGUCCUCAAACGGAAAAUGGACUGCUACUCCACUCUCCGAGGAUCAAACAGGAUCUACAGCGUCAGAAGCGCAGAGAUUGCGCCGGGAACACCCCGGUGAAGAUAACGUUGUGCGCAAUGGGCGGGUUUUGGGCAAUCUCGAACCUACUCGCGCCUUUGGCGACGCGUUUUACAAAUGGAAACGCGAAACUCAAGACAAAAUUAAGCGUCACUUUUUCGGCCGAGCACCGCACCAGUAUCUUAAAACACCACCCUAUGUUACGGCUGAGCCGGUGGUUACCUCAACUGAAGUCGACCCCCGAAAGGGUGACUUCCUCGUGUUAGCCACAGAUGGUCUAUGGGAAAUGCUUAGCAAUGAAGAAGUUGUUGGGCUUGUCGGUCAAUGGAUAGAACAGCAGCGUGCCGGAGCUCAAGGCAAAGAUGGCGUCAAAGGAUGGCUCCAGAGCUGGUGGGGUUCAGGGAGCCAGCUGCCAAUCGAAAGGCCCUCCCGCGACGAUGCCAGUGGACAGCGCGCGCCAUUCCGACAAACGCAGUAUAAUAUUCCUCAGGAUGAGAGCCGUUUUGUCGUUGAGGAUAAAAAUGCGGCAACUCAUUUGGUUAGGAAUGCCCUUGGGGGAAAGGACAAAGACAUGGUUUGCGCAUUGCUUACCUUGCCAAGUCCUUACUCCAGGAGAUAUCGUGAUGAUCUAACCGUCGAAGUAAUUUUCUUUGGCGAGAGUGAAAAUACUGGGGCUGUUACGGUCAACUCAGACGCCAGCGCCCCCGGGCAUGAAAUUCCCGCUAAGCUCUGA